AAUUAUGGGUAAUUCCAUUGUAAGAAUCCCAUUCAACGAAAUUAAUUUGGUGCCCGGAAAUGUUCUCAUUGAAAUUGACAAAAAAUAUAAAAUUGAGGCUCGUAGUAGAGACACUGGUGAAGUCGCUAAAUGGGACCAUCUCAUUCGGGGGAGAGUUGUUCGUGUAGCCUCAACGUCACAGUUUUAUAAUCAAAGUGGGACAAUGCAAACUGGCCAUCUUAGAGUGGGAGAUGAGGUUUGGGUUCGUGGACGCAAAGGCUAUCCUAUUGAAGUAGAAGAAAAUGUCCGCCUCUUUGUUUUUAAUGAAUGGGAUGUUGCUAUUAAUAUGGGCAGUGGAGGAGUGUCGUCUGAUCAACCUCCGACGUAUACUGAGAAAAUGCGGCCGUUUUAAAAAUUAUAUUUGAUUCAUCUAAUUUGUGUUUUUGACAUUUUCUCAACGUGAUCUAAUAAAGUGACUUUUCUCUUGAAUGAUACCACGGCCUCCGGAUGUCUAGUGUUAUCUGAAAUCCGGAUACUUAAUCCGGGACAAUUUUUGUAAAGUCACGGGUUAUCCGUAAUCCGAAAAAUUCUUCGAUCUAUUACUUGAUUCAAGAAAAUUUUCGAAAAUUCGAUCAGAUUCUCUUCCCGACUUUUUUUCUACUCGUGACGGCUGUGUUAACUCAUUUCUUUAGAGGCUUACAGAUUCUAAUGUGCUG